GGGUGACAUUGGGAAUUUAAAACGUUAAGGGAUUAAAAAGAAGAUGCGCGAAAUCAAUACCACAGGUCACACAUUAGGGUUAAAAACAAAAUGUCAGCAUCGCAGUGACAAUUAUCGCCGAAGUAGACACGCAAAUUCAAUUUUCUGUGGUUUCUUGGCCGAGGAAGUUUCAUUCAUCGAAGGGUCCAUCACAACGUAGCUUUGUACCGUUUCACUGCCGUAUUUCGGUCAUGCCGAUAAGUUCCCGAAAAGUAAUAUGCGUGUCACUGGCGCAUAUUAUUUUUGGAACACUUAUGACCGUCUGUGGCGUUUUGCAAGUUAUUCUUCAGCUGAAAUUUUUGUGGUUGGACUCUUUCUACACUGGUAUCUGGGUCGGAAUAUGGGUAAGUAAUAUUGACCAAUAUUAGAGUACUGUAUCUAGGUGCAGAAACUGUAAGAUCCCCUCUUUACAAACUCAUCAAUAAAUUCGUGAUUAGAAAACAAAGCCAACCCGCACUUAAGGGAAGAAUGUUCUUUCUAUGUCGCAAAAUUUUGCCAAGAACUCGCCGCCUGAUUUAGCGAAACAUAACACACCGAGAAAAAAAAUAAGAGUGGAACGAAUCCACAGAAUUGGAGGAUAUUACAAUAAAUUUAAAAACUUUUUUGCCCCUACAACGGCUUUUGAGUCAUCUCUGUUGUUUGCCACUUUACAACUGAACGUAACAAAUCUGUUUGUCGUGAAAAUGUGACUUUGCCUCUUCCCUUUUCGGUUAUUUUUCCCCCAACCAAGAGUUUUCAUUUGAUAGUAAUAACCACACAACUAUCCAAAUUAAGCUUUAAACUUCUAGUCGGGAAGGUAAUAAAGUAAUUUCUAUAAUUUUUAUGAUUAAGAGAUCUAGAAACCUCCAAGUUGGACCUAAAAAUAAUAAUAAUUUGGCUUUUGGCCCAUCUUCGGCGUUUGGAUAUCGAAUGAAAAAGUGUCUCGUAAAUUAGAGUACCCUUUUGCCCUUUUAGAGUAAUGCUUUUGCGAAGCGUGUUUUAACAAUAAAAAUCGUCAAAAAAUCGAGUUGGGUUUUGUGUGGUAGACUUUAACUAGUGGUAGUACGAUCUCCUUCUUUUAAAAACGAAUAAGUGCCGCACAACAGAGAAAAAAGUAACAUGAUAUGCGGAAGUACAGCAGACAAGUCCAUGUUUAAAUUGUUUACAAAACGUCGCAGUUCAGUGGAGUUGACCAUUUCGCUUAAAAUCGAGAGAAAAGUAGAUCCAACUUCAAUGCUGUACAACUUGUUGCGUGCAUAUUGCGAAUGAUUUACAAUUACUGUCGCCAGGUUCCUGUGGCUUAUGGCAAAAGUCUCAACAAACCGUGGUCCCGCAAAUAUGGAUGGCAGAAAUAACGAAAAGAUUUACACGUUUUUAUGACUUUCCUGUGUAUGAUUUCACUCAAGAAAAAAUUUACUUUUUUUCCAUCGUUUGACAAUUCAAAUGACCGUAUCUGUCAAGAAAGAUUGAGAUCCAGAAAUGUUGCUACCAUGGUAACGUGUCGUCACAUGCAUUUAGUUGCGCAAUGACGAAAUGUGGGGUGAAUUGAUUGUUGUUUUAAACGUUAUCUCUCUCAGUAUGCCUUUAUCAUCAUGACAUUUAUCAAUCCAAGACGAAUGUAAAGUGUGUGGUUGACGGUUUCGGCUUCCCUUGUUCAAGCUUUAUCAUGACACUUUUGUAGUGUAAAUCCUAUCAAUUCAGCUAGUGUGUUGAACAAAUAAGUUUUGGAGAGUUUUCUUCGUUAUUUUGGUUUGUGGAUCUUUGAGAUCAAUAUGGAUGUAAUUUUCUUAAAUAAGAGGCUUUGACUUCAUCAUCGCUAAGAGACAAUCGGAUAGAGGAAACAAUGGAUUAUUCAGAGACUGAAAUAUUUCUUCUCGGACAAGCUAUGGCGACAUUGAUAUCCUUAAGUUGUCUGUUGUUGCUGAUGUUUUUGCAGAUGAGCUUCACAGGAAUUCUGGGUGUCAUCGCCAGUUUUAGGAUUAAAUUCUUUGUAAGUAUCAAGAAGAAUGGAGAAACUUAAACAACCCCCAAAAAAAGAAUUAAAUAAGAUACUUUGGAAAGAUCUUCAUUAUCCACUUGCAAAGUCAAUGUUGUACAAGAUGUAGUGAUAGUUCAUCCAAUGUAAGGGAAUCCAAGAGAUAGUCCUGGAUUGUGGACUUCACGCCGUGGAAGUAAUGGGAUUCCGGAUUCCUUGAGAUGUAUUCCUAAUUCCAAAGCCCAAGAUUCCGGAUUCCACUAGCAAAAAUUUCCCAGAUUCCGGAUUCCUCGCACUCCGGAUUCCGGAAUCCACCGCAUGGGGCCAGACAGUAAACUUUGACCUUUUUUAUUACGGCUUAGUUUGUUGUUUGUCUCUCCUUUGAGACUGCCUGUGAUUUUCCGACCGCCAUUUGCUAACGCGCAUCAAGUAAUCGUGUCGAGUCAGUAAUUGCGCUAUCAUCAGGCAUUUUCUAUGGUCUACCUUGGUAGACCAUAACCCUCAACCAAUCAGCGCGCAAAUAAUCGUUCAUUUUCGGUAAAAAUGUUGGUGAACUACUAUCCUCCUUGUUCACGUUAGAAGUUGUUCCCGCCUCAGCGGUCUGCUAUGGUACCGAUGGGCUAUUUUGUUGCACUUAUAAUUUAUACUUUCCACCACCUCCGGUUUUCCAUAACCACUGCCCAAUUUCUAGGCUUUAUACCCUCACAGAAUAUCGCAUAUCGCUCUCCACCAAUCAGCGCGCAAAAAUUGCCCAGUUAUUGUAAAAUUAUUGACUUUUUAUGUGGGGAAAUGUUUCCGGCUCAGAGCUCCGCUAUGAUACCAAUGUGCUAUCUUAUUCGUUUGUAUUUACUUUCAGGUUGCUCUCUUUAUGUUUUUUUCCAUCACCUCCAGUUUGUUGGGUUUAGCAAGCGUUAGCUACUACGCCAACACUGGUGCAGCUUCUUGGGAUGUUUAUUGGAGUUCCCGUUAUUACCUGAUCAUCUCUUCAGCUACAUGUCUCUUCGCCAUAGUUCAGGUUAUCACAGGAGUCGUUGCAGGCAUUUAUAGUUGCCUGGCCUUUGGUGACGACACUCAGUCAGAACAGGUAGGAACUGAGGGGGUGAUGUCAUGGCUAGCAUUGCGAGUUCUAAUUUUUUUUUUUUUUAUCAAAGCCGAGUUGAAAUUCUAACUAACCUGAGGGUGCGCUUCGUUUUCCACACUUUUGUCGCGAACAUAGGCGAGCGCGAAACACGAGUGACUGGUGACAAAGCGCAAGGGACCAAGGGAAGGGGCGAGAAAGAAGAGGGGGAAGAGUCUCUCCCGUUUUCUCCUUCCCGCCUUCCUUUGCGCGCAAAUUAACAUCGAUAGAAAGACGUCUGGGAACGAGCCGGCUAAGUAACUUUUCUAAACUUAAAAGUCUGAGGUAAAGAUAUCAAACGACUCUUUCAUAAGGGAAAACAAAGCAAUGAUCGGCUUCUGGUCAUUUUUCGACAACACAGGUGUUUGACUUGGAAUAGUUUGCCCAAUUUUUGUAGGUGUCCCAAACCAGUCAUGUAGGAGUUGAACUAUUUUCUUGUGUAAACGCUUUCAUUUGUUCCAAUAAAUUUGCAUAGGUGCUGGACAAGUGAAAGAAAACGCUCUAUAGAAUAUAACUACGAGACAGAGUAACAAGUAGUAACAAUAAUUCAUUUAAAAUAAUUAAUUGUUACCUAGCUACUGAAUCUUACUCUUAUUUUGUAUUUCACGAAUGCAGGCAUCGGUGGUUUCGUCAAACAAGGUUGUGCCGAUAAAUAAUGCAGGGCCAGUUAGUGAUGAUGACAGAAUGUCAGCACAGGACAACCAGCUACCGAUGGUUCAGGUGUAAGAUGCUCAAGAAUGAAACGCACAUGAAGUAGAGGCUGUGCUUUUCAGAGCACAAGAGCCACGAAGUCUAUCGAUUCACAGUUUCCUUGUUUUUAGGACUUCAUAUGAGCCGCUUAAAUGCGCGCCUCUGCUACCGCGUGAAUUUUGGUACAUUAUUUGUUUUAGCUAGUCAAUGAAUUAGGACAGGCUCAAUCUGUAUUUAAACACAGUAUUUGGUUAGGCCAGUUUGUGUGAAUUCUUCUGCUAUUUCUAGGUCUUUAGAAAUUUUAUUUUCCUUGCUCACAUUUUUCUGCGCAUCGUAUGGAUGUAAGCAAGAGUUUUACCUGUACAUGAUUCAAGUAAAACGUAAAAAAGGGGGAAAACCAAGAUUUAAGACGGAAGACAGCAAUGUCAAUGUUACCUUGAAGCAUGCGAAUAGAAACAGUUGCUAGAGGUCACGCAUAGCUACAACGGACAUUACCAACAUUCUUUGGGUUUCUUCAUUCAAUUUGCUGCAAUGAAGCAGAAAAAGCUUUCCGUUUUAGCUGCCGGUCUUUUAAUACUUAGCAGUUUAGAAUUGAAUCACGUGCCCCCCACCCCCGCCCUCUCCCCUCCCAAUCAACACCUCUUUCCAUUUCGGAUAAUAAAAAUAGCAAGACUACCUUCUAGAAAAACCUACCUUUUAGAUAAACUUUCCAUGUUAUUAAAAAAAAUUGUUAUUAAAAAUCGCACUCUUAACAACAGUAUCCUCGAACUGAGCAUAGUUUCUCCUUACUUUGGGACAAAAGUUAAGCUAGAUUUCGAGUUUCCUGAAUAAGUCAUGGAAAAAUAUCAAGAACGUUUUUAAUUAUCGACUUUUAACAAGUCACUUACGAGGGAUUUAUAUGUUACAGAAGUUAUUUUUCAUUACGUUUUACUCCUUUUUUCACCUUUUCAUGAUUAAGAUACUACAGUUACGUAAAUAAAAAUAUACAAGGAUGCACGAGUGUUAAUUAGUUUGUACAUGUAAAGUAUAGUAAGUAUUAGCGC